GUGCACAUAUUUGUUUUGACAUACAUAAGUGCAAACAACGUAGAAAGCCUGUUUCAACAUGUUCUCGAAGUGUGAAUGGAAUUUUACAACUAACGGGACAUCAUUUGAUAUGCAUACACAUUUCUGGAAUAGCAUUACACGCGACGACAUCAAUUUAAAUUACAAUAUGGCAAAAAGACGUGCACAUAAAACAUUAUCACUAGCUGAUAAGAUUAAAAUAAUACAAGAGAUAGACCGCGGACAAUCUGGAAAACUUUUGGCAGAUAAAUAUGGUGUAGGAACUUCUACAAUUUGUGACAUAAAAAAAAAUUCCGAAAAUAUUAGGAGGUAUAGAAUCCGUAUUAUGUACUAAAGUAUCUUACAAAAAUGAGUUAAUUGUAUACAUACCUAUUUUAUCAGAUUUGCUGAGAAUUCUGAUGAAAAACUUUUGAAGCAGCGCAAGACACUCAAAACGGGUGAGUACGAAGAGUUUGAGCAAAAAUUAUAUGCUUGGUUUGAAGAGAAGCGGUCACGACAUCAAACGAUUUCAGCGGGAGUUUUACGACAAAAGGCAAAAUCACUUUAUCAGAAAAUGUAUAACAAUGAUUCGUUUAAAGCUAGCGAUGGAUGGUUUCAAAAGUUUAAGAAACGAUUUUCUGUACGAAACUUAAAAAUAUGCGGAGAGUCUUUAUCUGCUAGACCAGAUCUUGUU